GUGUGUGUGUAUGUGUGUUGGUGAAUGUGAGUACGGGGAAGCAGCGGCCGCCAUUUCAGAGAGCUUGCCGACGCUGUCGCCGGGGUGGAUCCUGAGCUGCCGAAGCCGCGUCCUGCACUUCCCCGCGGGCUCUUCUAAUCCCAUUGUUUCUUUUAGAUUCGCUCGGGCCUAUCCGCCCUUGGAGCCCGAAAUUCGGGCUGGGCGGUACCGCGGCCUGGGCCUAGCGGCUUAACAGCAACAGCGGCGGCAGCAGCAGCCCCCGUCUUUUCGAAUACAAGCACCACAGCGGCCCGAAACCCCGCACAGGCGUUUAGAGAAAAUGGCAGACGAUAUUGAUAUUGAAGCAAUGCUUGAGGCCCCUUACAAGAAGACUUGCCUAACGAUAUCUCACCUCUACUCCCAUGAAUUCACCUUUGAUUCCAGUGUGAACUGUCAAUCAUAAGGGCGAGAUGUGUGACAGAGGUGGCAUCAAGCUCUUACAGUCCCAACCCUCCAACGGAAAUGGGCGAAGAUCUCAGGAAUGGCAUCGGUCACAGGAAAUCGAUAGUGGCUGGCUGCUAGCACGGCCACUUGGGGCUUAGGCAGAAAUAGAGCCGUGGUACUGACCAAAGGGACCAUAGCACAUGGAAUAAAACUCAAAAAAGGACUUCAUUCAUGUUUUAUAGACAUUCUCUUUAACCACUUCAACACUGUAAAUCUGGAUAACUUAAUAUCUAACUAUAUAAGAAAGUAAAAUUUAACAUGUUAAUAUGCAUUUUUAUUUUUGUAUCUUGAUGACUUAAUUGUAAGCAACAAAGUGGUUAAACACAUACCCAUCUAAAUUUUUUUAUAGCCUUCCAUGUUAAACUAUAAAUAAGUAAUUAGUUUUAAAAUUGUUUUGUAUUUUCUUAUUCCUGUUCCCUUUACCCUUUGACAACUUGAAAUGUUACCACUUCGUCCUCAUGAUGUUCUUCUAUCAACCCUGCUUAGGAUGAGAACAAGUUGAGCAGUGCUAACGGCCAUGAAGAACGUAGCAAAAAGAGGAAAAAAAGCAAGAGCAGAAGUCGUAGUCAUGAACGAAAAAGAAGCAAAAGUAAGGAACGGAAGCGAAGUAGGGAUAGAGAAAGGAAAAAGAGCAAAAGUCGUGAAAGGAAGCGAAGUAGAAGCAAAGAAAGGAGACGGAGCCGCUCAAGGAGUCGAGAUCGCAGAUUCAGAGGCCGCUACAGAAGUCCUUACUCCGGACCAAAAUUUAACAGUGCCAUCCGAGGAAAGAUUGGGUUGCCUCAUAGCAUCAAAUUAAGCAGACGACGAUCCCGAAGCAAAAGUCCAUUCAGAAAAGACAAGAGCCCUGUGAGGGAACCUAUUGAUAAUCUAACUCCUGAGGAAAGAGAUGCAAGGACGGUUUUCUGCAUGCAGCUGGCUGCAAGAAUUCGGCCAAGGGAUUUGGAAGAGUUUUUCUCUACAGUAGGAAAGGUUCGAGAUGUGAGGAUGAUUUCUGAUAGAAAUUCAAGACGUUCCAAAGGAAUUGCAUACGUGGAGUUUGUUGAUGUUAGCUCAGUGCCUCUAGCAAUAGGAUUAACUGGCCAACGUGUUUUAGGAGUGCCAAUUAUAGUACAGGCAUCACAGGCGGAAAAAAACAGAGCUGCAGCAAUGGCAAACAAUUUGCAAAAGGGAAGUGCUGGACCUAUGAGGCUUUAUGUGGGCUCAUUACACUUUAACAUAACUGAAGAUAUGCUUCGGGGGAUCUUUGAGCCCUUUGGAAGGAUUGAAAGUAUCCAGCUCAUGAUGGAUAGUGAAACUGGUCGAUCCAAGGGAUAUGGAUUUAUUACGUUUUCUGAUUCAGAAUGUGCCAAGAAGGCUUUGGAACAACUUAAUGGAUUCGAGUUAGCAGGAAGGCCAAUGAAAGUUGGUCAUGUUACUGAACGUACUGAUGCUUCCAGUGCUAGCUCAUUUCUAGACAGUGAUGAACUGGAAAGGACUGGAAUUGACUUGGGAACAACUGGUCGUCUCCAGUUAAUGGCAAGACUUGCAGAGGGUACAGGUUUGCAGAUCCCACCAGCAGCACAGCAAGCUCUACAGAUGAGUGGCUCUUUGGCAUUUGGUGCUGUGGCAGAAUUCUCUUUUGUUAUAGAUUUGCAAACAAGACUUUCCCAACAGACUGAAGCUUCAGCUUUAGCUGCAGCUGCCUCUGUUCAACCUCUUGCAACACAGUGUUUCCAACUCUCUAACAUGUUUAACCCUCAAACAGAAGAAGAAGUUGGAUGGGAUACAGAGAUUAAGGAUGAUGUGAUUGAAGAAUGUAAUAAACAUGGAGGAGUUAUUCAUAUUUAUGUUGACAAAAAUUCAGCUCAGGGCAAUGUGUAUGUGAAGUGCCCAUCAAUUGCUGCAGCUAUUGCUGCUGUCAAUGCCUUGCAUGGCAGGUGGUUUGCUGGUAAAAUGAUAACAGCAGCAUAUGUACCUCUUCCAACUUAUCACAACCUCUUUCCUGAUUCUAUGACAGCAACACAACUACUGGUUCCAAGUAGACGAUGAAGGAAGAUAAUAGUCCCUUAUGUAUAUAGCUUUUUUUCUUUCUUGAGAAUUCAUCUUGAGUUAUCUUUUAUUUAGAUAAAAAUAAAGAGGCAAGGGUCUACUGUCAUUUGUAUACUAUUCCUGUUACCUUGAAAAAAUAAAAAUGUUAACAGGAAUGCAGUGUGCUCAUUCUCCCUAACUAGCAAAUCCCACUGUAUACAAAGCUGUUCUCUUGUUCUGCCUUUUAAAUGUACAUGUAGAAAAUUACAUUAAGGAUCUAUAGGAAUAGCUCUAGGGGAACAAAUGUGCUUAAUGUAAAAAGGCAGACAGGGAUGUAAUGUUUUUAAUGUUUCAGAAGCCUAACUUUUUACACAGCAGUUACAGUUCACGUUUCACUAAUGUUGAUACUUGGCUAAUGCUUCAGCAGAGGUUUCUGGAAUACACAUUUAGUGUAUGGAAAUUCAAGACAGCUAAAGGGCUGUUUGAUUAACAUCUCAUCUUGCAUUCUGAUCAGUUGGCAAGAAGAGGAGAUUUCAAAAUUACAUUUCUGGAUGGUAUCUUUUUCAAUUAAUGUAUCUGUAAAAGUUUCUUUGUAAAUAUUAUGUGUUCUGGUGUGUCUUAAGAUUCCAAACAAAAUGAUCCUUGCAUUUCCUCAAGAUGUUUAGUGACAGUCUGAUAAGCAAAGCAGUCUAAGCAAGAAAUAGGAAAUGCAGAUAUAGGUUUUGUCUGGUUGCAUAUAAUCUUUGCUCUUUUUAAGCUCUGUGAGCUCUGAAAUAUAUUUUUGGGUUACUUCAGUGUGUUUGACAAGACAGCUUGAUAUUUCUAUCAAACAAAUGACUUUCAUAUUGCAACAAUCUUUGUAAGAACCACUCAAAUAAAAUUCUCUUAAAAAGGCCA